GUAGAUUUGAAUAGAUGUGCCGAGGCCCCUUCAGACCGAGCCGAUUCAGAGCCUGUCGAGCGGUGAGCAGCGACAGCAGCCGGACGGACGGAAAAACCACCCGCUUCACCUUCCAACCCCCUCGCCUCGUCUCUCAGUUUUAGGGUCCAGUUGCCAACAUGGCCGCCACAAAGAUCUCUGCCGAGGAGCUGGAGGAACUCAAAGAAGCUUUCGCCAAAAUUGACGUGGACGGCAACGGGUUCAUCAGCAAAGAUGAGCUCAACGAGUUGUUCAGGGCCGCCAACCUGGCUCUGCCCGGAUACAAGGUCCGGGAGAUGGUCCAGGAGCUGACCAGAACCAGCGACAACCUCACCUUUGAGGAGUUCACCAAGAUGGUGCACAGUCUGAAGAGCACGGAGGUGGCCAAGACCUUCAGGAAGGCCAUCAACAAGAAGGAAGGAAUCUGCAACGUGGCAGGAACGUCGGAGCAGUCCGGCACGCAGCACUCAUACUCAGAGGAGGAGAAGGUGGCCUUUGUGAACUGGAUCAACAAAGCUCUGGAGAAGGAUCCGGACUGUAAGCACGUCAUUCCGAUGGAUCCCAACAACAACGACCUGUUCACCGCCAUGGGAGACGGGAUCGUCCUCUGCAAAAUGAUCAACCUCUCCGUCCCAGACACCAUCGAUGAGAGGACCAUCAACAAGAAGAAGCUCACCCCAUUCACCAUCCAGGAGAAUCUGAACCUGGCUCUGAACUCUGCGUCGGCCAUCGGCUGCCACGUGGUGAACAUCGGGGCUGAGGACCUGAAGGAGGGCAGGCAGCACCUGGUCCUCGGUCUGCUGUGGCAGGUCAUCAAGAUCGGCCUGUUCGCCGACAUCGAGAUCAGUAGGAACGAAGCACUGAUCGCUCUGCUGCGGGAUGGUGAGAGUCUGGAGGACCUCAUGAAGCUUUCCCCGGAGGAGCUGCUGCUGCGUUGGGCCAACUAUCACCUGGAGGAAGCCGGCUGUGGAAAGAUCAACAACUUCAGCUCCGACGUCAAGGACUCCAAGGCGUACUACAACAUCCUGAACCAGGUGGCGCCCAAAGGAGACGAGGAUGGAGUUCCUGCCAUCGCCAUCGACAUGUCAGGAAUCAGGGAGAAAGAGGACCUGAAGAGGGCCGAAUGCAUGCUGGACCAGGCCGACAAGCUCGGCUGCAGGCAGUUCGUCAUGCCCGCCGACGUCGUCCGUGGCAACCCCAAGCUCAACUUGGCUUUUGUUGCCAAUCUCUUCAAUAAGUACCCAGCUCUGAAGAAGCCAGAGAACCAGGACAUCGACUGGAGCUCCAUCGAAGGUGAAACCAGGGAGGAGCGAACCUUCAGGAACUGGAUGAACUCUCUUGGUGUCAACCCUCGUGUCAAUCAUCUCUAUGCCGACAUUGAUGAUGCCCUCGUCAUCUUCCAGCUGUAUGAGAAGAUCAAAGUACCAGUAGACUGGGACAGAGUCAAUAAGCCUCCCUACUCUAAACUGGGCAGCAACAUGAAGAAGCUGGAGAACUGUAACUAUGCAGUGGAGCUGGGCAAGAAGGAGGCCAAGUUCUCUCUGGUUGGCAUCGCGGGUCAGGACCUGAACGCAGGAAACCGAACCCUCACCCUCGCUCUGCUCUGGCAGCUCAUGAGGAGGUACACCCUGAACAUCCUGGAGGAUCUGGGUGAUGGACAGAAGGUUGUGGACGACACCAUCGUAUCCUGGGUCAAUGGAACACUCACAGAGGCAGGGAAACGCACUAUCUCCAGCUUUAAGGACAUGUCUAUAAGCAGCAGUAUGCCGGUUCUGGAUCUGAUCGACGCCAUCCAGGCCGGAUCGAUCCGAUACGACCUGCUGAAGACGGAAGACCUCACAGAGGAGGAGAAACUCAACAACGCAAAGUACGCCAUCUCCAUGGCCAGGAAGAUCGGCGCCCGGGUGUACGCGUUGCCCGAGGACCUGGUGGAGGUCAAACCUAAGAUGGUGAUGACGGUGUUCGCCUGCCUGAUGGCACGUGGCAUGAGGAGAGCCUAAGGAGACCGGACGAAGCGCUCAUCUUUUCUUCUUUAAGCAAGGAGGCUGUGAAACUUUACAAACACAGCCUGUUUAAACUCAGACAAGACAAUAUCCUUUCUUCUUUAAGACACAUAAAAACAUAAAGCACCUGUACAGAACAAACAGUUUAACAAUAAUCCAAACCCGCCCCAGUAACUGAUCAGCUAAUCCCCAACAUAAAUUAGAGGCUUCAUAUUAAAACACAGUAUUAUUUAUUUGUGUUUGGGUCCAGUUGAUAUGAACUGUCAGCUUUAGAUGCCAUAUCAUGAAGAGUUUCUGCUUCCAUUUUAUCCCACUAUAUCUAAUUUCUAGGUAAAAAGCCAUAAUGCUCUUUACAAGUGAAUGGAUUCACCUUCUGAUCGUUCCAUGUCUACAAUAAAUAAAGAGAUUGUUUUUAUUAUAAA